ACUUUACGACACUUUGUGACAUUUUCAGACACAGUUUGCGGCCGUCCAACCUGAUUGGAUGCACCGAGCAGGCUGCGCAGGAGCUCAGCCAAUCACAGAUCAGAGAGGGUCCGCGCGGUCCACCGCCUGACGCCUCUCUGCCGCUGCGUCUCAUCCACUCUGCCCGGCGACCUGCCGCUCCCUGUCGCUCCGUUCCGCAGCAGCGGUUGUUAGCCGUCAGGCUGCCGCUGCUCUCCGGUUGGGAUGUGACAGAGGUGCGGCAGAGAACCGACCCAGACCUGAUCCAGAACGAACCGGGAGAAGCGGGACCGUUCCGGUUUGAAUCGAUGGAGGACUCGGAGGCGGAACUGGCAGUGUCGGAGUCGGAUGCCCUUGGCGCUGACUUCAUCACGGUGGAGUUGGACACACAGCCCAUUGAGUACGUGGUGAAGUGGGCAGAGGUCGGCUCCAAGUUCACCAUCUCCUGUGUGAAGAAGGACUCAGACGACCCAUCGGACCUGACGGCUGACCAGCUGAAGAUCGAGACAGACGAGGCCUUCUUUGCCCCGUACGAGGAGGUGUACCCCUGCGAGGUGACGGAGCAGAGCGUGGAGAUAAAGACAGACUCUGACGAGGAGGAGGAGGAUGCCGAGGAGGAGCAGGAGGUGCUGGUAGAGGCAGGGAGCAGCCGGUUGGACGGUGAUGCCGACUCGGACCAGGCUGACUUCGAGCCGGACGAGCGGCAGUACCGCUGCAGCUACUGCGGGAAGUGCUACAGCCACGCCUCCAGUCUGUACCGCCACCAGCAGACCCACACUGGGAAGACCGGGGCGCCGCCGCCCGCCAAACGGGCACUGGAGCCAACGCAUCAGGAUGCACGCUACACCUGCCCCCACUGCGGGAUGAGCUUCAAAGGCAGCAGGAUGCUGGGCAGUCACCUGCGGCUCCACGGUAAGCGGCGGAUCCACCCCUGCAACAUCUGCGGGAAGGAGUUCAACCACAGCUCGAGUCUGUCGCGCCACCGCCUCAUCCACAAGAAAGGAAAAGGAAUCCCGAAGGAUGCUGCACUCGGCCCCAACGUGGCCGCCCUGCGCCACUCGCUGAAGGCUGGUGCCAAGAACAAGAAGACCAAGAGGCAGCAGCAGCAGCAGCACCACACAGCGGCCACCAUGAUCCAGAGUCAGGGCGGUGACAAGUUCUACGCCUGCCCGCAGUGCGACAUGAGCUUCAGGACGUCCACGCAGCUGUCAAAGCACCAGGUAACCCACGUCAAGGAGCUGCUCGACAACUACACGCCCGGCAAGGAGAACCUGGGCGAGACCUCGUCCGACCUCAAGAUCCGCCUCAAGCUCUGCUCCCGUGAUAAGCCCAACUUCUACACCCUGUGUAAAAAGAACCGCCGCCGCCGGGGGGGGCGGGCUGGGAAACGGGGCUCCGCCGCUUCCGAGGAUGAAGAGGGGGGAGGAGGGGGAGGAGGAGUCGGCCGCCAUGGCUGCGGCCAGUGCGGGAAGCAGUUCAGCCACGCCUCCAGCCUGGCGCGGCACCAGCAGACCCACAGGGCAGCCGACGGCAGCGGGCGGGGGAAGCUGCAGCAGCACCAGAAGCAGCUUCACACCAAAACCGGAAUCCCCGCCGCCAAGACCAAGACCUACACCUGCGCGGCCUGCAACAAGACCUUCAUGCACUCAUCCAGCUUCUCCCGCCACAAGAAGGCACACAUGGAGGAGGAGCAGCGGGCCCGUGCUGCUGCCGCCAAGCGCCGGAAGAGAGCCGUGUUGGACGAGACCGCCCCAUUGGAGUCCGACUCCGAGUGACAUCACCCGGCUCUGGACUGGGUUUGGACCAGUUCGGGACCUGUUCUGAGUUGGUUCUGAAUCAGCGUUGACUGGUUCUGGACUGGUUUGGGACCAGUUCUGGAAAAGUUCUAAUUUGGAAAAGUUCUGGACCAGUUCUCCACCAGUUCUGGACCAGUUGGGGACAGAUCCAGGUUUUGGGACUGGAACUGGUUGAUUCUUCUCUGGUGUAGAUAGCAGCAGGACAUCCAUAUAUGGUCAGAACUGACCGUUAGCUAACUGCUCUUCAGGAUGGGAUUAGAUUUAAAGUGUUACACCCCCACCUGUUCGUACGCUGUUCGUUUUCACUCUGCCCCACACUCCAUGUCCCAUCAGCCACCUGGGGAGAGAGCAGGGAGUCAGCUGCUCGUCUGUCUGUUUCAGGCCACGCCCACCUGCCGCCAUAUUUCCCAUCAGCCCCAGGACCUCUGUCAACACCCAGAGCAUCAUGGGAAAGUUAGAUUAACAAUGAAGCCUGUAAAUUUGGUUUAUAUCUGAUGUCUGUGAUCCAUAAUCAGACAGCAGCAGGUCAGAGUUUAUGGAAGUUUAUGAACGACAAAGUUUUUUUAUUUUCUGAGAUAAAUCAGGAUUUUUAUUCUCAGAGUUUUUAUCUAAAUUCAGAAAUUUAUUUAUGGGGGGGCAGGUUAUUUCACUUUAAAAUCAGAAUCUGAAAUUAUUCUUUAAUUUAAUUCUCAGAUAUUUUUUCUGUUGAUCUUGUUUCAACAGAAAUGAAUUUCUCUGAAUAAAAUCGUCAGAUUGUUUUUUGUCGUUAAACUUCUGUACGUCUGACGUCAGCAGUGACUCCUUUGCUCAUUUUUGUUUUCUUUCUCCUCGUUUUUUCCUCUCAGGUGUCACCACCUGCUUCCUCCCUGAGUGAUUCUGAUUGGCUGAAGUUCUCAUUGGCUCUUUGUUCUGAUUGGUUCCCUGUAUUUUGAUAUUUGACAUUUUUAAAAGGUUAAAAAGUGAAACUGGAGACGACGAGCCGAUCGGUCGGAGCUGACGUUCCUCCACAUUAACGUAUGCAUGAAGACUAUUACCUGCAGUUAGUCGGCCAUACUUGUAGUUUUUCAGCUGGGUGUGUUUUACGGCCGAUCGGCAGCGUUGGACGUUUCUGGUUUCAGCAGCAGAGUGUUGGUGGAGGUCGAAGGGGAAACUGCACUACUUAUUUAUGAAUUUGGAACAAUGUUGUAAUAUAUGAAUAUAAAUGGUAUUUAAAUGUGAUUCACAACAUUAUAAAAAAAAAAUUAUAAAAAAAAAAAACAAAACAAAAAAUAAAAAAUAAAAAGAAGAGAGGCCACGCCCGGCCUAGCUGCCCUCGUUACCGUAGCAUCACCGCCACCUUCAUCGUUUAACAUCAUCAUCAGCAGCAGCAACAGACAGGAAACGACAACAGCAGGUGUCCAGAUUUUCGAAAUUAAAGCAUCCAACGUGUCUGAGAAAAACACAAAGAAAAGACGAAGUUCGAGACUGAAAUUUAACUCAUCUCUAAUUUUGUUUUUUUACAAAGUUCAAACAAGGUUUGAUUCAGAGCUAACAGAAAUUUAAACAGUUUAUUAUUGAAAAUAUAAAUGAGGAGAUUCUGAAAAGUCAAUAAGAGAUGUGUCAGAUUUGGACUCAGAAAUUUGUUUGAACCUGCAGCUCAGACAGAGGUGUUCUGAUCAGACUCAGCUGUGUUUUAUCUGAAAAGUAAGAAUGAGGAGUUUCCUCAGAGCAGAUGUUUGGUGACUGACAGACCUGGACUCAGUCCAGUUUUUCCUGCCCGGCAGACUGACCAUCCCACACCUAAAUAAAAGCAUCACCUGUGGACAUCGACGGACCCUAAAGCCCCGCGCCCUCCCACCUGCCCCUUCUCUUUUAGUUUCCUGCUCGUAGAGCCGUGUGGUGGCAGCGGACUCUGUGAAUAACGUUUCCCUGUGUGAAUUGGAUUGGUGACGUAUUUAUCAGUUUGUGUCGGCAACAGGUCGUCAGAGUUGCGCCACAGAAAAAAAGAAAAAAAAAACUUCCUGUAGAAAUUAAACAAAUCGGAGUUUCCUCGUGUUGGGCCUUAAAGCUGCCGUUGUCCUCCUCCUGUCCACAGCAGAGUUUUGCAUUUAGUUCAUGUUGUGUUGGCUUGUUUUCGUUUGGUUGGUGGUUUCUCAGCUUCACCGCAGAUAGAAGGUCGUUCGUCAUUGUAUCGUGUUUGAAUAGAAUAAACCCAGUUGACAUGUUUUGUCUUGCGUUUUGUAAUAAACCUUUAAAAGAA